CCUCGGCCACACCCCCCGUGGGAGAGAGAGAGGAGGAGGAGCCAGUGAGCCACCACCCCACGGAGGCCACACACGCGCGCACUCGCCGAUAAGCGGCGGCCCAUGGCUCCUUCCUGCUCCGCCCCCUCCCGCCCCAGGCGCCACCACCCGUCUCUCCUCCUAAUCCUUUCCGUCUUCGCCCUCCUCCUCACCUGGAACCCAAUCUUGGCAGGGGGACUGGAGCUUGGAGGAGACGACCUGUACAGAGAGAUUCUGAGGGACGAGACGGUGCAGAGGCUCAAGGAGCUGGGCAAGAUAUCCGAUGGCGAAGGUUACCUGGAAAGGACUUUCCUGAGUCCGGCUGCCAUCAGAGCCACUGCUGUCAUCAUCAGUUGGAUGAAAGAUGCUGGACUUACCACGUGGGUUGAUCAAAUGGGAAAUAUUCAUGGUCGAUUUGAGCCGGCCAAUUCUACCAAAGAGGCCUUAUUGAUUGGAUCUCAUAUGGACACUGUCAUUGAUGCUGGCAUGUAUGACGGAUCUUUGGGUAUUAUUUGUGCAAUCUCUGCUCUGAAGGUUUUGAAAGUUACUGGGAAACUGCAGAGGCUAGCUAGACCAGUGGAGGUUAUUGCUUUCAGCGACGAGGAGGGUGUUAGAUUCCAAACAACUUUUCUGGGAAGCGCUGCUGUAGCUGGUACACUACCUGAAUCAACUUUACAAGUAUCUGACAAGAGUGGCACAACCGUGCAAGAUGUUCUGAAGUUGAACUCUUUUGAGGCUACUGCUGCUGCUCUUAGUCAAGCCAGGUACAACCCGGAGUCUGUGGGGAGUUAUGUUGAGGUUCACAUGGAACAAGGGCCAGUUCUGGAAGCCCUCCGUUAUCCUCUUGGUGUUGUAAAAGGAAUUGCAGGACAGACGCGGUUAAAGGUAAUAGUAGAUGGUUCACAAGGGCAUGCUGGCACAGUUCCAAUGAAAUUGCGCCGUGAUCCGAUGGUUGCAGCUGCAGAGCUUGUUGUGACUCUGGAGAGCCUCUGCAAAGAGCCCAACAAGUUCCUGGCGUACGACGAGGACUGCGGCUGCUUCACGGAGGAGUCCCUCGCCGGGCUAGUGUGCACCGUCGGCGAACUACUGACCUGGCCUAGUGCCAGCAACGUAAUACCGGGCCAGGUCAACUUCACGGUGGACAUCCGCGCGAUGGACGACAAAGUGAGGGAGACGAUCGUCACGAGCUUCUCGAGGCUGGUUCUCCAGAAAUGCGACGACAGAUUGGUUGACUGCGCCGUCGAGCAAAAGCACUCGGCGCCGGCGACGCCCUGUGAUCCGGGGCUGACCUCCCAGCUGAAGCGCGCGGCGCGGUCAACCGUGUCGGCGAUGUCGGGGCGCACCGCGGCCGGCGAGACACCGAUGCUGAUGAGCGGCGCGGGGCAUGACGCGAUGGCGAUGGCCAGGCUCACCAAGAUCGGGAUGCUGUUCGUGCGGUGUCGCGGGGGCAUCAGCCACUCGCCGGAGGAGUCGGUGAUGGACGACGACGUCUGGGCCGCGGGGCUCGCACUGGUUAACUUUGUUGACCAGAACGCGGUAGCAGAGCUGGAAGCUGAGCAGAAUGCAGCAGCGGAGUCGUGAUCAUGGUGGUGACGACCGACGAUUCUUUGGCGCUUGGUAGGCCUGUAGCCUGCAACUGUACAUAGACUGUCGUUCGAUCGAGCAGAAAUAAAACACUUGUGCUUGUGUGAA